CGGCUUCACAAUCACUUGACCGGGCUAGAGAGAGAGAGAGAGAGAGAGAGAGAGAGACCACACGGAAAGAACAAUGGGCGUAGAAGUUGAGACCAUUCGACCAGGAGACGGGAGGACGUACCCGCAGAAGGGGCAGAAGGUGGCCGUGCACUACGUCGGCACGCUGACAAAUGGAAAACAGUUUGACUCCUCCAGGGACCGAGGAGAGCCCUUCAAGUUCAGCAUUGGAUGUGGACAAGUCAUUCGUGCUUGGGACGAGGGUGUAGCGAGGAUGAGCGUUGGCGAGGUGGCCAAGUUGACCUGCUCGCCGGACUAUGCGUAUGGCCCCGCAGGAUACCCACCUGUCAUUCCAGGAAACUCUACUCUCCUCUUUGAGGUGGAGCUGCUGGGUCUUUCCUGAAGUUGAAGGUUGCUCUUCAGUUUUACAUCCACCAACAUCUCUAUCACAAAUAACUGUUUAAUUAAAGGUGCUGUCGGUAGCAUUUAUAAAUCAUUAUAGAAAUAAUUCUUAUACCUUGGGAUGCGUGACACAAAUUUGACACAUGCUGAUGCUAGUGCUAAAAUAAAAAACGUAUUUCUUCCAGGAUUUAUGUGGCCUCCAUUUCUACAUUUCAAUGAUAAAUAAUGGGUUCGUGGUGGAAUAAUUGCAAAGACUGGUGUUCUUUUGUGUUUUAAAACAACCCAACAGAAUGACCACAUAGUCCCAACAAUUGACACUAAAUUUGCACUAAAAAUCUAAUUUGUUCAUACAUAUUUAUUCCAGUGUCCCAAAAAUAGUGCAGAAAUUGUCAAAAAUGCGCAUGAAACACCUUUUUGAUGAAGAGCUUAUUUGGUUUUUGUUUUUUCUUGCAUUACUGUAUCCCUUCCACAGCUUGAAACUUUGACACAAUGUAAAGAAUGGCUUACAGACCAUAACGGCCUAUGUUUUCAUUCAUACAUGUAUUGCCUUUUAUAGAAGUCGAUUUUGAAUCCUGACUCUUAAACUUAAUUCUUGUCUUUUUGUCAUAACAAAUUAAAGGCCACAAGUGUCUUUGUGUUAUGCCAUGCUUGACAUAUGUUUUGGCUAUGUUUUACUACUUUAUUGUGUCAUCUAUUAGAAAGGGGCUUUUUCAUGGGUAUUGCAUUCUUACAUUAAAAUCAUCAAGUAUACAAUAA